AUGAAGAAAAGCAGAAGUGUGAUGACUGUCACAGCUGAGGGCAAUACAAAAGAUUAUAUAGAAUGUGGCCUCAGCAAGUCUUACAGUGCGUCUAGUAAUACCCUUGGCAUAGACCUGUGGAGAGGAAGAAGAUGCUGCUCUGGUAAUUUACAGCUGCCACCACUGUCCCAAAGGCAGAGCGAAAGAGCAAGAACACCAGACAGGGAUAACAUUUCCAGACCCACAACUUUGCCUCUGCUGACUCUUCCCAGCAUUGCUAUUACAACGUUGAGACAAAAGUGCUUUGAUGUGGAAAAUGGUCCAUCACCAGGUCGCAGCCCACUGGACCCUCAAGCCAGCUCCUCUUCAGGACUUGUGCUCCAUACCACUUUCCCAGGACACAGCCAGCGUCGAGAGUCAUUUCUUUAUCGAUCAGACAGUGACUAUGACCUGUCACCAAAGACCAUGUCCAGGAAUUCCUCCCUUCCAAGUGAACAACAUGGAGAUGACCUGAUAGUUACACCUUUUGCACAGGUCUUGGCAAGUUUGAGAAGUGUAAGAAAUAAUUUUACAUUAUUGACAAAUCUCCAAGGAGCCUCAAACAAGAGGUCUCCAGCAGCAACUCAGCCCCCAGUCGCCAGACUGAAUCUUCAAGAGGAGUCUUAUCAAAAAUUAGCAAUGGAAACAUUGGAGGAAUUGGACUGGUGUUUAGACCAACUUGAAACCAUUCAGACCUACCGAUCCGUUAGUGAGAUGGCAUCUAAUAAGUUCAAGAGAAUGUUGAACCGGGAGCUGACACACCUAUCCGAAAUGAGCCGAUCAGGGAACCAGGUGUCCGAAUAUAUUUCAAACACUUUCCUAGACAAGCAGAAUGAUGUGGAGAUUCCUUCUCCCACCCAGAAGGACAGAGAGAAAAAGAAAAAACAGCAGCUCAUGACACAAAUCAGUGGAGUGAAAAAGCUAAUGCAUAGCUCAAGCUUGAAUAACACAAGUAUUUCGCGAUUUGGUGUGAAAACAGAAAAAGAAGACCAUCUAGCUAAGGAGCUGGAUGAUCUGAAUAAAUGGGGUCUGAAUAUAUUUAAUGUUGCAAGAUAUUCACACAAUAGACCUCUCACCUGCAUUAUGUAUGCCAUUUUUCAGGAGAGAGAUCUACUGAAGACAUUCAAAAUCUCAUCAGACACCUUUAUAGCUUAUAUGAUGACUUUGGAAGACCACUACCAUUCUGAUGUAGCCUACCACAACAGUCUCCAUGCAGCUGAUGUAGCCCAGUCAACACAUGUUCUUCUGUCCACCCCAGCUUUAGAUGCUGUUUUCACAGACCUGGAAAUUCUUGCAGCAAUUUUUGCAGCAGCAAUUCAUGAUGUGGAUCAUCCUGGUGUCUCCAACCAGUUCCUUAUUAAUACAAAUUCUGAACUUGCUCUUAUGUACAAUGAUGAGUCUGUCUUGGAAAAUCACCACCUUGCUGUGGGUUUCAAGCUGCUACAGGAAGAGCACUGUGACAUCUUCCAGAAUCUGACCAAGAAACAGCGUCAAACUCUCAGGAAAAUGGUGAUAGACAUGGUCUUGGCAACAGAUAUGUCCAAACACAUGUCCCUUCUGGCAGACUUAAAGACCAUGGUGGAGACAAAGAAAGUGACAAGUUCUGGUGUCCUCCUUCUUGAUAACUACACAGACAGAAUACAGGUUCUCCGAAAUAUGGUUCAUUGUGCUGACUUGAGUAAUCCCACAAAGUCCCUUGAACUCUAUCGGCAGUGGACAGACAGGAUCAUGGAGGAAUUUUUCCAGCAGGGAGACAAAGAACGGGAGAGAGGAAUGGAAAUCAGCCCAAUGUGUGACAAACACACAGCAUCUGUAGAGAAGUCACAGGUUGGGUUCAUUGAUUACAUUGUCCACCCCCUUUGGGAGACAUGGGCAGACCUAGUACAACCUGAUGCCCAAGACAUCUUGGAUACUCUAGAAGACAACAGAAAUUGGUAUCAGAGCAUGAUCCCUCAGAGCCCCUCUCCUCCCUUAGAUGAACACAACAGAGACUGCCAGGGCCUUAUGGAGAAGUUCCAAUUUGAGCUGACCCUUGAAGAAGAGGACUCUGAUGGGCCUGAGAGAGAGAGUGAUGGUAUCAGCUAUUUCAGCAGUACGAAGACACUCUGUGUGAUUGAUCCAGGAAAAAGAGAUUCCCAAAGGGAAGCUAACAUAGAAAUUGUGACAGAAGAUACAUCGCCUGUUGACACAUAAUGUACUGUAUCUGUCUCUCUGGGUGAUUUAAAUACUUCACGCACCUGCAGGUUGUCAUGCUGACGAGCCUACAGUCUAGGUCUAAGGCCAGCAUCUGCUAUUGGCUAAAAGACCUUUCCAGCUACUUGAGAUUGGAGUCAGGGUCAAAGAGAAAGUCGUGUCUGCUCAGGAAAUUAAGAGGUGAUUUAUAUUGCAGCUUAAGCUUUGUCAGCAAAAAACCCCACAAAACAUUGUGAUGGUCUGAAGCCGGUGUGAAUUUGUUACUGAACAAGCCUGAUAGUAAAUGACACACACCUUAAAUAUUUUGUAUUCUUAAUAGAUUCUGAAAUCUAGUUAAGUCUGACAGCUAAAACUACUGACUAGUCACUGCAUCUAAAAUGUGUCCACCCGUCUGCAGACCCGUGUGCCUUUUUUAUAAACACUUUCAUGUCUUUUCAAGAAGCCUACAAAAUGCGCAAAGAAGCGUGUUUGAUAUUGAUGUAUAUUUUUUUAAAUUAUUCCUGUUUUAAAAGAAGAGGUCUUCCUUUUUAUGGGCAAUACUUGUUCCUUUAUUGCAAUUUAAUCUCUUUGACUAGCUAAAUAAAGCAGGGAGUCCUCCUCUUUGCGUUUACUGCACCAUUGGUUACAUUAUCAAGUCCUGAAAACCUGUGUGGUUCUUCUGUUUGUUCACUACUGGAGAGCAGUAUUUUUUUUCAUUCUACUGUUUUUUUUUUCACUUUUUGUGCACAGGAGAUUGUGUAGCUUUGUGUUCUGAUAGCACAAUAUGACACAUGUGAAAACCAGCAUACUGAGGUCAUGUGACGUGCAUUCACCCCUUAUUGGUUUCUUUACACCGUGGAAGUUGCAUCCUCAGUCCUUUGUAUUCUCUUCCACUACCCCACCCCCAACACAGUUCAAGUUUUCUAGAUUAAGUUUUUCCUUUUUACCUCCCGCACUUGCCUUGAGCUCUAAACAUGCCCAUUACUGUUUAUAACAGUGUAUUUAUUACUUAAUGUAUAUAAUGUAAUGUUUUGUAAGUAUUAAUUUAUAUAAAUUAACAUUGCCUGUUAGUGGUGAUGUUACUUGUGUAGAAGACUCUGGAUAAGAGUUGCCCUUUCUUGUAACUUUUUGUAUUAAAUAAAGUAGAAAAACCUGAACAUAGCUUCAAAGAGACAUAUGGACCCAGGGAGGGCAUUCAGGUGGCAUUGGCUGAUAGAGGUUUCAUUUUCAUUAUGAUCAGGGAAAUCAUCAUCCUUGGUGGUGAUUGGAAAAGAUUUAGAAUGGUCUGUCUGGAUGAGGCAAAACUACUGAAAUUUUGAAAAAGAAACCCUAGUCUAUGCCACAAAACAUUAAGUGUCAUUUUCUGGUUUAUGAACAACCCAAUGUGAAUUUCUAUGACAAAAUGUGAACCAAUGUUAUAAUUGUGCUGUGAAACUUCUUCCAACAAAGCUUGUUAGGCAUGUAUACAGUGCCAAUCUCAGUUUGUAAAACUAUGUUUCAAGCUUUCAGUCCAACUUGUGACUAACUAGUUGAUGAAAAUAGCACAGUUGUGCAUGAUCAAUGGGUUUGUAUGUCUGUUGAAUACUGCAAUGUUCCAGGUGGUUAUUUUAUUGUUUCGAAGUUUCACACAAUGUAUGUUGUUAUAGUAUUAUAUAUUGUGU